AUGGAGGUCGAGCUCGAUGACAUGAUUCCUGACCCUCGCUACAACCAGUGGUUCAUCAACAACCUCCGCUGCUCCCAAGCUACGUUUCGCGCUCUUGUGUCCACCCUCCGCGUCUACAUGAGCGACUACAAGUUCCGCAAGUCCACGCAUUCGUCGGCGUGGCCUGCGGCGUGGGCGGCGGCGUGGGCGGCGGCGUGGGCGGCAUCGCGGAGGCAGACCUUCUUGGUGACAGCCUUCUUGGUGGCAGCCUUCUUCUUCACCUUGCGCUGCACAGGCGCCUUCGUCGUGGUGUUUGACGCGCCUCGCGUUGCGCGCGCUGCCAUUAACUUCGUCCCACUGCUGCAUUUGGUGGUCGACACGGGUAACAUGGAGCUUCUGCAAACCCUUCUUUCCAAGCCCAACCUCAAUGUGAACGCUAUCGACAAGGACGGAGCUACUGCACUGCACGUGGCCGCUGUCAACGGCUACGACGCUAUCGCCGCGCUGCUCCUGGCAAAGGACCUGUCACUCUCUCUGCACAACGACCGGGGUGACACGCUGCUGCAUGUGGCGGCCACGCAUGGCCACGAUGCGAUGGUCUCGCUUUUACUAGAGAAGAAGGCGUUGCUUGGUCGGUGCCGAGACGAGGGAAAUCUACCGCUGCACAAUGCAGCGGCCAGCGGCCACGUCACUCUCAUCGACCACCUCGUGGCGCCUUUGACCAUCAACGAAGUCAAUGCUGACGGAUGGACACCGCUCGGCCUUGCCGUUCAAAGCGGCCACACGAACGUCGUUGCGCGGCUGCUCCACCAUCGUGCCUCGCUCGAGCACAAAAGUGGUCGGGGCUGGACGCCGCUGCAUAUUGCGGCCAAGGAAGGCCACUUGCAAGCUGUCAAGUGCCUCGUGGACGCCGGCGCCAACGUCGUGGCCAAGACACAGAUGGGUGUGACGCCCUUGCUCUUGGCGGCUCGCAGUGGUAAAUCGAACGUCACUGCCGCGCUCGUCGCCGCAGUGCUCGCAAAGCCAUCGCCCGACACGGCAGCACUCGCUACUUGCUUUGCCGAGGCCGUCCAGCAGCGAGACGUGCAAGUCGUGGGCAUGCUUUUGCCCAAAAUGCCAACCGACGUCGUGACAUUGACGCUCGCAUCGAAUUCCAUGGGCAUGGCGAUCCUUGCGGCAACCGUGGGGCAUCUGGCCACGCUCGUACGCUUGCGAGAAGAACACUGCGAUCUCUUGUGGGCCGCUCACGAGGCGGAUGGAAUGACGCUACUCAUGCUGGCAGCCGCCAACGGGCAUCUCGAGUGCGUGGACUACCUCCUAACCUUGUUGCUCCCAGCCUUCGAGACGAACGCCAUUGCACAAAACGAUCUGGAAGCUCGUCAAGAGAAACUCGAGGCGGCCAAAAAACACGUGUGUCUGUGCAACGCGGAUGGACGCACAGCCAAAGACAUGGCGACGGGCGACGUCACGCCGCGCUUGACGACGUUUUUGGUCGACGUUGCAGAGGAGCUCGAGCUUGUCCAGCGCCGCAUUCAGGAAGCACGUUUCGUCAAGGCUGUCGACGACCACGACUGGCCGCUUGUCAAGACGCUGCUGAUCAAGGGCGUUGCCAUCACGGAUGCUGGCAUCAUGGACACGAUUUGGAAAGAGGCUGUCAGCGCGGACGACGAGAAACUGAUCGAGAGGCUCUGUGGCGCACCAGGCAUUGACACCUCGCUGAGCGAAGCGGCUGGUCGAUCGGCACUGGAGGCAGCGAUGGACGCCAACAAGCUGUCCGUGGUGUCGAGCAUCCUCGACGCCUUUGCUGCGACCAACAGCGGUGUCGCACCCAAGGCGCUCUUGCCGUGGCACAUUGCCGUCGAGCGAAAUUCAUAUAUCAUGCUCGGUGUUCUUUUCACUCGAACGAUAUACAGCAUCAACAGCACGGACGCGAACGGCUGGACGCCUGUGGCGCUCGCGAUCCAAAACAACGAAAGAACUAUGGUUGAAAUGCUUGUCAGCUGCAAAGCCGACAUCUCCAUUGCACCGACGGCCAACCAUACGGCGCUCAUGUGUGCGGUCGUCGAUGGCCGCGAGGAAGCAGUCAAGCUGCUGCUUGAAGCCGGCGCCAACGUCAUGCAGUCGCUGCCGGACAAUGGACCGACGAUCUUGGUGGCCGCGGCGCAACGCCCGAAUCGAGCGAUUACAACCAUGAUCGACAACACGGUGGGCGCAGCCCUGAGCAAGAUUUGGACUGCGGGUGUUGGCUUUGGCGACCUUCAAGUGGGCGACAUUCUUGGUAGCGGUACGUAUGGUACGGUCUAUCGCGCCACGUACAAGAACCACAGCAUUGCGCUCAAGACACUGCGCUCGCCGUACCUCGUGCGGCUGCUGACGGUGGUUGACGAUCAGAAGCGCAAGCCAUACAUGGUGCUCGAGCUCAUGGACGCCGGUGAUCUCUUCGACUACAUCGUGAACAAGCGCUCUGGGGAGACCGGGAAGAACUUCCCAAUCGUGCACGUGGCGUGGGCAGUCGCCAACGCACUGGCAUAUAUCCACGGCGCCGGUCUCAUCCAUCGCGACGUCAAGAGCAAAAACAUCUUCCUCUGCACGACCAACGGCGUCAAGCUCGGCGACUUUGGCACGCUUCGGAUCGUAAAUAAGAAGAUGACGAACAACGUCGGCACGCCGCAGACGAUGGCGCCCGAAGUCACGCGUCGGGGCAGCGAAGAAGAAUGUACGUACAAUGCCUCGGCGGACAUGUACUCGUUUGGCGUCGUCUUGGCCGAGCUCACGUGGAUCCGCACACCGUACGACAGCCCCCUCGGUACCGAAAACACAAGUCGAAAUGGGAGCGUCACCCCGGCCAUCAAGCCCAACUGCGCGAUGUGGCUGGAGACUCUGGCCACUCGGUGCUUGGCGGAAGACCCGACGGAGCGGCCGUCUGCAACUCAAGUCGUCGAGAUGUUGGCCACCCACCUCGAGGACAACGACGAUCAGGUCACGCUCGAGCCAUCGCCCGAGGUGACGCCGUAA